AUGAAAAUAAAAAUACUAUCUGAGGAUUCACUGCGUCAAUUGAGCAAGUCUUUGACGGGGCUUAUUCCGAAUAAUGUGGACGUUCUCGAGGAGGGUGUCAUUGCGCACAUUCAGUCAAUUCUACAAGACCUCUUACAGACCGCUAGUUCAACGGAGCUUUCUCUUACACAUGGGGCUGCCGCCCUGAAUGCUCUUUGCGGGUUUCUUGAACAGUGUAGUGCCUCUUCUGAACUUCGAAUUCGUGAUCUCUCCUACAAUCCGGAGAUAUGGACACGAGCUUUCAAUGUCUACAUUACAAAAUCAGAUAACAACAAACCCAAGCCACUGAGAAGGCUUCUACUGACACUAGCACGCCUAGUAUCGAAGCAUCCUGUAGAUACAGAAAGAGACUUCCUGCUCGGGACUGCUAGUUGUAUUGCUACUCGAGCCAUCCGCAAGCAACAUGACUUUGCAGAUAUCAAGCCUGCAAUACAAGUAUUGGAGCACUUCCUUAGCAGAGAUCUCCUUUCUGCUGUCGAAAUUGUCCAAAUCAAAAGGCCAGAAGAGCUGAGACUCUCUCGGAUGGAGUCAUUGCAAAAGGACAACAAGGAUCUUGAUAAUCAGCAGGAACGGGUCGAUCAGUCUGUACAGAACUUUGCACUGAGUGCGUUGGAAUGGAUGCGGUAUCCCGAUUGCGCUCCUGCUGUGGGACGUUUCUUGCCCGUGUUUUUCAAGUCCUUUGGAAAGAGCCAGAAUGGCGAUACCGUUCACGUCUCGAAAGAUGGUGUAAUACCACUGUGGAUAUCCCCUGUGAAGCGAACUCUAGAGCGACACCAGGGACUUUUGGAAGUCUUCGAAAUUCACAUAUUGCCAGGUCUGUUCCGCCUGGGCCCUGCUCAUGUAAAGGCUUUCCUAAGGACAUUGCCAUUUGAAAGCAUCCAGCGUGGGAAUCAGUGUAUACCCUACUUUCAUGUUGAAGUCAAUGCAAAGCCGCGUAACGAAUUCAUCGCUUUGAUGAAGAAGCUUUGUAUGAGACUUCGAGGUGCUACCCUGUCUCUGUUGAGGCACGGUCAGGAUCCAGACGUUUUGACUAGAGAGCAAAGGUCCAUUACAUCCCGAUCAGUUGCAAGGAUUGGUGGCGAAGGGCCAGUGAGCUCAAGAAAUGUCAUCAAGCAAGUGCUGGAUGAGGGACCGCACAUUCUGGAAGAGCACCUCGCUUUUCGAAAAUGGUAUAUGGUGUUUCUACUUCAAGAACUGCGCCCAACAGCAUCAUAUCAAAGCCAUAUCACGGCACUGAAGAUACUAGAAUUCUUGACGGAGCAAACUAUCGCUCUACGCAGUCUAUCGUCGAAAAGCCACAAUGACUACCUCGACGCCUUGAACGAACACCUGCCCAGAGGCUUGUUGCUAAGGCCCCUUACUGAGUUAUUGUUGGACCCCUUUGAUGAUGUCCGCCAAUCCGCAAGUACAGUCUUCGAUCUUCAUCUGUCGAUAAAUUCAAUCCCACGAAAAAGUAUAUCCAGAGGGGGAACGGAUGACAAAGCAGACUCAUUGGACCAGGAAGCUAGGAAUCAAGCCGACAAUGAAGAGGGCCAUCGCAAAGCCAAUCAUCCGAUACUCAUCAACUUGAACAAAGCUGAGAACAGAGCCGGAAUCACAGGUCGAGCAGAUCACGCAGACGGUUUUGGAAGACUGAUUAAUCUCCUGUACACAACCAGUGGGACUCUUGUCAAGCCAGCUGGGUGGCACCAAAGUCAUUAUUUGAUAGUGGACCACGUCAUAUCAACGCUGGAAGAGGAGGUCGAUAUCGCCAAAGGCGACCUGCUGUUCGCCGUCAGUAGUAGGCCUCUUCACGGCCAUCUGAUCGCUCUCAGAUACAUAGUCAGCCGCACCGACUACGUCAGAUCGCUCGACGCAUCGCUGGACCAAUGGGAAGUUUUCGAUAGAAGAAUAUUUUCUGUUUGCUCUGGUGUCUGGGAGGUAGUGCAAGACGUCCUCUGCUUCGAUGCUCCAGAGGGUCAUGACAUUAGCGAGGACGACUUCAAUGAACAGGAUAGAGGAACCAAAGAUAUACUUUCAUUCUGCUGGCGGGCCUUAAAAGAAUCAAGCUUACUGAUGCAUGCAAUGGUCACGAAUAUUGGCUACAUUCCUUCAUCUCUCCGCGAGAGUACCGAUUACAAAGGCUAUCAUGAAUUCGGACUCCAAGCUUUUACGCAGCUGGCUGAGCUGCGUCAUCGGGGAGCUUUCUCCACAGUCUCGCAUACUUUUGCGGCGUGCUGCAUAAUGUGUGCUCGUUCAUCCCAACUAGCAGUUCGAGAAUAUCCUAAGACUUGGUAUAAGCUUGCGUUGAAAAGUAUCGAGGACAAUGCCUCCUCGCUUACGAGAAGAUCCGCCGGUAUACCGGCUAUAAUCACUGGUGUACUCGCCGCCUAUCCAGGAGACAAGUUCUUUGAUGAUGUGGUUGUGAACCUGCAAGCCAUGGCAAAUGCACCUAUUGGGGUUGAUCUGGGCUCUCUACCUCAAGUGCAUGCGCUGAACUGCCUCAAAGACAUCUUCACGGAUGCACGAUUCGGGCUCAACACAGAAAUCUACGUUGCGGAUACCUUGGAAAUUGCCGCUUCGUGCCUUGAAAGUCACAUAUGGAACAUACGCAAUUGCGGCCUAAUGCUUUUCAAAGCUUUGUUAAAGCGUCUCAAUGGUGGGACUGAUACUUCGUCCACCAAAGCCUCCAGCUCACAUCGCCGAUUCUCGCAAUUGACAUACCAAAAAUAUGCCAACCUACCAGAGCUUCUACUAAGACUACUUCGCCGAACACCGACCCAAACGCAAGCCAAUGGCAGAGAAUUAUACCCGGCGAUGCAAGCUCACAAGGUUUUUCCUGCACUCGAGGUAAUCGAAAGAUCUGGUAUACCAUCUCAGCACGAGAGCCUGUUUCUUGAUGCUUUGCGAUACUACAACGAGUCGCCUGACUGGUCGAUCCGGGAGAAAGCUGCAAAAGCCCUGAGCCUGAUUGUUGAUGAAACAAGCAUCGUGGAGGAAGUCACAAGCUUGCUUGCGCCUAAUUGGAUAUCACAAAACGCUUUGCAUGGGAGACUCCUCCGUCUGCGAUUCUUGCUUGCUCGUAAUGAAGCUCCACUGUUUGGCGACUCACUAAGCACUUAUGAAGCGAUCCCGCCCAUGUUAGAAGACUCAUUCGAGGCCUUAGUUAUACGCAAUGCUUGCCCGGUCACUACCGCAGCAUUCCUCAACAUUUUAGCAGACUUGUUUGCUAUCUUAAAUCUGUCCAACAGCGAGAAAACCAAGUCUUUCUUAUUGCCGGUAUUGGCGAUGGACCAAGAAAAUAUAGCGAAGUAUUCCGCCUCGGCUCUUCAAAGUAGCCCCCUAAAGCGUUGCAUAAACCUAGCCAACUACAUGCAUGCUUUGAAACAUCGGCCACAGAGGAAUGGUUGUACUGAAACUCUCCGGCAUUUCUCAGGAGCCGAUAAGGAUGCGCUUCAGAUCGUGAAUAUGGCACUACAGUAUAUGUCUGAUGAGAACGACUUGGCCGUCCUACGUUUCUGUUCCGCUCGUGAGCUUCGUUCGGCUCCAGACAUAACGCAAUGCUCUGAUACAACUAUCAGAAUGAUCACGAAGAAUCAUCGGCAAUUUGAUUAUACCCUCGCUUUGCAGGGAUAUGCUCUUGGAGAACGCUAUGCAUUUGAUGCCACUAACACUGAAGUUCAAGCAUGGAUCCGUCUGCUUUCCACAGCAGGAGCUGAACGCUCCGAUCUUCGUACUAGGACGGCAGUAGUCUUCUCAAUAAGAGCCUUUUUUGAUGGCUUACUGGACCAUAACUUCCAACUGGUCCCAGAUCCUCAGAUUCUCGGAGUCUAUCUGGCACUCUAUGACAGCCUGGUAGAUGAUGAUGAAGAUGUCCGAGACCAAGGAGCAAGGGUCGCCUCGACUAUACUUUCCGUGAUUACGUCCACGGCUGCUGACUACGGCACCAAUACUCUAUCGCUAUCUCCACCUGCGGCUAAAAAAGGAUUACUUCGGUUCUUAUGCGAAGGUUAUCGAACUUCGAUGCCGCUCUGCGUGGAAACUAUUGUACGACUGACUGGUAUGAUUUCAGCAAUAGACUCUGCCUCAGCCAACAUGCAGGACGGCGAAUCUCAGACCAAGCCAGGCAAGUCUGUUUUGCACAUCCGCUCUGUUGCCGAUCUCUCUCUAGAGGCCCGAACGACAUCAACCGUAGUCUUCGUCGAAGAAAAACAGAACUUGUAUAUCGAUACAGUCAGCGAAGCCGAAGGCUGGGCGGAACUCUUGUGCCGGCUUGAUCCUGACGCAUGGCCCGCGAGCCUCGCAUCAGAUUUAGAAACCUGGACUCGCGAAGGACUCGCGCAUAUUCUUGAGAUUAUCCAAAACGGUGUAGACGGAGCGCUGAGUCCGACGUCGAAGCCAGAAGUCUUUACCCUUUUCACUCGAGUCUUCCUAGCAGCGAGGGUAAUCAUCAUACGCUGCGGGAACCAUGUGUCUUCAAAGGGAAAGGACCACAACCCCACUCAACACUCGAGCUCAAGAUCUCCCCACGAUACCAUUAUCCUCGCUCCCCUCAAAGCAGCCCCGCAACACUCACCACCAGCACCCCUUCAGAAUCCAUCCAGCAUGCAGGGCAACGCGGCCAUCGCGAUCAUCCUCGCCUGCAUCCUCGUCGGUUCCCUCGGCCUCUACUACGCGCUGAAAGCCGCAUGCCUGACACUCGCUUACAUGACAUGGAGAGUGGGUCGGAAGGAGACUGUGGAUGUUGAAUUGGUGCCGCCUUCUUCUGCUUGA